AUGAAGUCGUUCAUUGCUUGUGCGUUCAUCCUGGCUUCUGCCGCUGCCUUUGCCCCGCAGCCAGGCUCGCCCGUGCUCCGGUCGACUUCGGCACUCUCGGCCUCGCCGUCGGAUGAUCGCAGCCCGAAUCCCAUUAUCAAAGUAAUGGCACAAGGAAUGGGACUAUUGAAGCCGCUAUUUGCGGCCGAAGCACAGAUUCAGGCCACUAUUCUGGGAAAGCUAACGGGUGUGGACGAGGACGAAAUUGAAGCCACCAUUGCGGCCAACAAAAAAAGCAACAAGGUGUUGAUAUACACGUACGGCCUCUCCCCCUUCUCAUCCGAAGCCGUCAGUAUGUUGGAAGCUUCUGGUUACGACUAUGAGAAGAUUGAGCUCGGAGCGGAAUGGUUUUUGCUUGGAGGGAAAGAAAGUGUAACACGCGUGGCGCUGGCGAAACAGGUAGAGAAUGGAGCGACGUCGUUACCGAAGAUUUUCAUUGGUGGUCAGUGUAUAGGCGGUUGUUCGGAACUUGCCGGACUUGUGGAGAGCAAAGAGCUCGAUGCAUUGAUGAAAAAAUCUGGUGUGACCAAGAAGGGUGCGAAAAAAUCUUUGAAGAUGUUUUAA